GGAAUUGAAAUCACUGGUGAAGUCAAACAAGAUUACACUCAGAUUUUGUCCUAUGAAGCCCUGGAGUUUUUGGCUGAUCUCCAUCGGAGUUUCAACUACCAACGAAAAAAGUUGCUCAAGAAGCGCAUGGAAAUUCAAGAAGCAAUCAAUGCUGGUAGUCCAAUCAAAUAUCCUGAAGCUCACCACGAGAAAAAUUGGAAAGUAGCAGCUGUUCCUCAUGAUUUGCAAAUGCGACAUGUAGAGAUCACUGGGCCAACUGACCGUAAAAUGGUCAUUAAUGCUUUGAACAGUGGUGCUGACAUGUAUAUGGCUGAUUUUGAGGAUUCACUUACUCCAUCUUGGAAGAAUAUUAUCGAGGGGCAAAUGAACCUCUUGGAUGCCAACAGGAAGACAAUAAGUUUCACUAAUCCAAAUGGUAAGUGAAUAUAUUUAAAUAAAGCAGAGUAUUCUAGCUGUGCCUGUCAAAGGCCCCAUGACGCAGCUUCUGACAAAUUCCUCUAUGUUCACUUGUUAGAGGAUAAGGUCACGAUGAAAGAACAUUUUUCUACCAGUUGAUUUUCUUUCAAAAUUCAACUCUAUGAGAUGAAUACCUCCCCUGCCCUAACAUGUUUUUAAGUCAGAUUGGACUGUUGUCACAAGUAAAAACUGACAGGUGAAGAUGUGUUUAAUUACUAACCAUUUUCUUAACCUUUAAAGUCNUGGUGCUGACAUGUAUAUGGCUGAUUUUGAGGAUUCACUUACUCCAUCUUGGAAGAAUAUUAUCGAGGGGCAAAUGAACCUCUUGGAUGCCAACAGGAAGACAAUAAGUUUCACUAAUCCAAAUGGUAAGUGAAUAUAUUUAAAUAAAGCAGAGUAUUCUAGCUGUGCCUGUCAAAGGCCCCAUGACGCAGCUUCUGACAAAUUCCUCUAUGUUCACUUGUUAGAGGAUAAGGUCACGAUGAAAGAACAUUUUUCUACCAGUUGAUUUUCUUUCAAAAUUCAACUCUAUGAGAUGAAUACCUCCCCUGCCCUAACAUGUUUUUAAGUCAGAUUGGACUGUUGUCACAAGUAAAAACUGACAGGUGAAGAUGUGUUUAAUUACUAACCAUUUUCUUAACCUUUAAAGUCUAUCUGAUCCUUACAAAAUUCUCUAUGAUAAUCAUCAAUAUUCAGUUUUUAAGAUAUCAUUAAAAGUGAACUUUGAUAGAUAAUAUUAAAAACCUUGGAGAUGUUAAACAUCUUUAAGGCAUUCCUAGUAAUUGAUUGUUUGCUUAAUAUUAUAUAUUUCAUCUGUAAUCUAGGAUCAGAGCGCCGUUUAAAGGACAAGACAGCCUGUCUGUUGGUACGUACACGCGGUUGGCAUCUUGAUGAGAAGCACAUCCUCUGCGAUGGAGAACCUAUGUCAGGAGCACUGGUAGACUUUGGGCUUUACUUUUUUCAUAAUGUCCAUAUAAGGGUUGCAAAUGGCUCUGCUCCAUACUACUACCUUCCCAAAAUGGAGACCCACUUGGAAACCAGACUGUGGAAUGAUGUUUUUAGAGCUGCACAAGAUUACAUGAAAGUGCCUCAAGGUAAGUCCCUGCUGUUAAUAAGGACCCAAAUGUUGGUACUAUAGGGUGAAAGUCAGUUAUCAGUGCAUCUAAUCGCGGUGUAACUAAUAUUAUUAUGACUAUCAUUUGAUUCUCUUGUGAAAUUCAGCUUUUAAUGGCAUGCUUAAUUUAAAGAAGGAAUCAGAUGAGUUUGAGAUAGAAUCACCAAGGACUCUUUGGGUUGUUUAAUUAAGACAGUUUCUCUUUAAUAUACCGUACCAAAGUUCAAAGAUUUUCACACAUUCUUGUUAAAUUAUUGAUCCUGUCCUGGUUGUUGCAUGUUAGGAACAAUCCGUGCAACUGUGAUGGUGGAAACCUUGCUGGCUGCAGUGAACAUGGAAGAAAUGCUUUAUGAGAUAAAAGAUCACUGCUGUGGUAUGAAUGCAGGGAGGUGGGAUUACAUAUUCUCUGCAAUCAAGAGAUUGUCAAGGAGACCUGACUGUGUUUUGCCAGACCGUAAGAUGGUAAGAAAGAUGGGUUUAGUUCUUUAUCAUAACUAUAAAAACAUCUCUCACCUGAUUGGCUGUCAGUUGCCCUGAUGUCAGUAUCAAUAUGCCACUUGCACAUCUCCCAUGAUGCACCUUAUUUGUUCCCUCCCCCCCCCAAAAAAAAAAAAUUGACAUAACCGUUGCCUUUAAGUUCUCUUGGGACGGCUGUUAAUACCCAGGAGAAAUGAAAAUCAAAGGCUAUGCAAAAUUUUGGGGGGCAAGUAAGGUGCAAUAUAAGAGGUGUGCAAGUGGCAUAUAGGAGAGUGUAAUAGGACACCCCCAGAGUGGUCAAAAGUAGCUGGCUGCCAGCAAAAAUCGCCACCCACUUGGUUAGUAUCAGCCGGCCACUCUGUUUCACAUUUCUUUACAGAUGGCAUUUUUUAGAUAAAAUAUCCCUGGACUGGCCACUUACUUUGACAACUUAGGCAUCUGCUUCAAAACUUUCUGACAACCCUGAACCUCUACACCCAGCACCAUGCCCAAGUAAUAGGACUGUAAAUGUAUGUGCCAUUGAAAGUGUGCACUUGAAUGAGUAUAUUCUUCACUUUUAGCAAAAACUCUUUGAAUAUCCUGUGUUUUAGUUUUAGAAGUUUAAGAUAUCUCAAAUUUUGUUAUAGUUAUGAUUACCAGAAGUUUUUGUCAUCCAAUUCGGUUGGUAAUCAUGCUUGUGAUUCAAGAAAUUGGACUCCUUUAUCAUGCAUAUGAUUACAGACUGAGUUGGACUCCACACAGUCCUAUUUUGUGCUAGAUGUAUAAACUCCAAAUUUUAUAUAUUUUACUGUACAGUUAUUUAUAAGGUAAAAACCGACAGUAUCAUGCCAAAGCAAGUCAAAAUGAAUGAAAAACUUUCAUCUGAAGAGAUCACAUGAUUAGCUGUUUUUCAUUUUAUACCUGACAAGAAAACUGAGCUGUAAAAGAUGAUUGGUGGUUCAGCGAGAGUUCAGAAAAGAAACCUUUGCCUUUUGUUUACACUUAGCAGUAAUAUCUCAAUUUUUUUUCAGAUAACAAUGACUGUGCCAUUCAUGAAAGCAUACACUGAACGCCUUGUCCAAGUUUGUCACCAACAUGGUGCUCAUGCAAUGGGUGGAAUGGCUGCUUUCAUCCCAAGUCGAAAGGAUGAGAAUGUUAAUAAGGUGGCCUUUGAAAAGGUUCGCCAAGACAAGGAACGAGAAGUAGCUGAUGGCUUUGACGGAACUUGGGUUGCUCACCCUGAUCUUGUACCUUUUGCAAAAGGCAUUUUUAUGAAGGUGAGAAAGAAAUUAACAAAUGAUAAGUGGCUCAGCUAUUGAGUUAUAGUUGCAGGCAAGAGGUUACUAAGCAUGAAAAAAAGCGCAAGAGUUACUUGAGGCAAUAGCUGAGUGUGACUCUAGCUUCUUAAGUGAUUAGCAGUCCUCCCAAGUGCAACUAUAACUCAAAAGUGCACUUUGAGCUGUUUACCAUUUUGUUUUAUAACAUAAUCAAAAGAGAACAACUUUUAAUUUUACUCACAGAUAGCAGGGGAAUAACAUGAGUGCUGUCAUCUGCUCACACUAUGGCAUGUACGAAUCAUUUAUUGUAAAUUCUUAUCUUUCAAAAAAAUCGUUUUGCUGAAUUGAUUCCCCCAUCUCAAUGUGGAUUACAAAACCUUUUACAUAUAGAACUUUCUUUCAGUAUCAAAACAAAAACCUUUGGAGACUAAGUGGAAAACAAUAGAGUGGCCAUAGAAGGUGAUGCUUACAGCUUUGAAUGUGCGCUAGCUUUUUUCACCAUUCACCCAUGGGCAAAUAGUAAAUAGGUAAUAUUAUUGACGGAUCAGAGUGCUCGCUUUACUUUUGUUAUUUUGUGAUCACGAUUUGUUAACACUCAAAGAGCAAGUAACAUAACUCUAUAUAAAUCAGCAAUAAUUAUUAUUUGAAUGUGUACAUACACUAUGGCAAGGCAACAAAAGCUCAGUCAGUAGAGCACUUUACUGCAGGGCGGGGUGGGACAUUCAGGUCCGAUCCCCGGGCCAGAGCUAUAAGCUACUGAGAAAUGAAGAUACUGUUUUUGCCCUGCGAAUGCCUAGAUCUUUACCUGGCUUGGAUGACAACGUGAAGAUGGCUGUUGUGCCUAUUCGGCAUGAGGAAGUUUGUUUUUUGGAUAUUUAAAUCCUCACUGAUAGCCAUCUCCACUCAACUGAGUUACCUCUACUAAACAACUACAGAAUUUUGUCAGGGCCCAAGCCCAUAUUAUAUUACAGUUAUUGAGACCUCCAUAUGACAGCCACCUCUUCAAAUGGUAACAUUCAGAAUCUUUUUCCAUUGUGAAUACUGGCCAGGCUAAUCUCCAGGGUCCGGUUCCUCGAAAGAAGGUUACGUUUAACCCAAGAUUAAACCAAAUUUUAAACACGGUUUUCUUGUCUAUGACCAUGUAACUCAAGCUUACAAAAUACUGUUGAGCCUGCACUCUGAGAUACAGUAAUGAUAACAUAAAAAUGUUACUCUAAGCAAUACAUAUAAAUACAAAAAGUGGAACAAAAUUUUAAUCCUGGGUUAGCGCUAAUCAGACUUUCAGGAACCGGACCGAGGGUUGUCAAAAUUAGCCGGCUGCCAGCAAAAAUCACCACCUUCUUGGUUAGUAAAAGGCGGCUACUCUGCUUGGCAUUUCUUUACGGAUGGCGUUUUUUAAAUAUAAUAUCCCUGGACUUGCCGCUUACUUUGACAACUUAGCCGUCUACUUCAAAACUUUCUGACAACCCUGAACCUCUACACAAUGGCUAUGUGGCAGGUCAAAAAUAAUUAAAUUCACGUUAAAAUUUUUUAACCAGCUAGGUCGAUUCUCAAUUUUCUUUGUUUUCUAGUCUUAAUUCCUAGUUUAAAAAAUUUUAACCUGAAUUUUAUUUUGACCUGUAACAGCUAUAUCACCGUGAUAUAUGUAAAAAUACAAUAGUAAUGGAAAUGAUAGGGAUGCCAGGGCAAAAUUUAACACCUACAAAAAAGUGAUAGCACAUUGCCACAAAGACCUACAAAGCAGACACUGAAGUAAUCUAGGUGACUUUAUCCGCACAAUGAAACCACAUUGUGCUUAAAUUGGGCAUGAGGCUAUUUUGUGCAGGUUUGACUGUCGAUAAUGUUUUACAUCACUUUACUGCAUGAAUCUUGCUGUACAUUUUUUAAUUAUUGGUACUUGUUUAUUUUAAUUAAUAGUUGUUUAUUGUAAUUGCAGGGUUUACAAAAUGCUUGCCAUCAAAAGCACCGUUUGCGUGAAGAGGUGAACAUCAAGGUUGAAGAAAUCUUGGCUAUCUCUGUGCCAGGUGGAAAGAUCACUGAAGAAGGCUUAAGAGUCAAUAUUGAAGUUGCGUUGCAAUAUCUUAACAGCUGGCUCUCGGUAAUUUGACUUAUUCUGACAUUGUCUGGUCCUAACACUUCCAUAAUAAAAAUAGAUGAAUUAUGAACUUGACAAUUUUUUAAGUGCACUGGAAAUCACAACUUAAACUAGACAACAAUAUUAUUAUGAAAAUAUUUUAAUAUUGCAUCACUUUCUCACUCCUGUGUGCUGUCCUCUGUAGACCACAUAUCGGCACUUCACAAGGUAAGGGAGUUGAAAAAAAAGGGUCUUGUAAAGGCGGCCAUAAGUAGAGCUGUCCACUUANUGGUACUUGUUUAUUUUAAUUAAUAGUUGUUUAUUGUAAUUGCAGGGUUUACAAAAUGCUUGCCAUCAAAAGCACCGUUUGCGUGAAGAGGUGAACAUCAAGGUUGAAGAAAUCUUGGCUAUCUCUGUGCCAGGUGGAAAGAUCACUGAAGAAGGCCUAAGAGUCAAUAUUGAAGUUGCGUUGCAAUAUCUUAACAGCUGGCUCUCGGUAAUUUGACUUAUUCUGACAUUGUCUGGUCCUAACACUUCCAUAAUAAAAAUAGAUGAAUUAUGAACUUGACAAUUUUUUAAGUGCACUGGAAAUCACAACUUAAACUAGACAACAAUAUUAUUAUGAAAAUAUUUUAAUAUUGCAUCACUUUCUCACUCCUGUGUGCUGUCCUCUGUAGACCACAUAUCGGCACUUCACAAGGUAAGGGAGUUGAAAAAAAAGGGUCUUGUAAAGGCGGCCAUAAGUAGAGCUGUCCACUUACAAGAAUGUCCGUUAGGAGAGCUUCUACUGUAUUUAUAGGAUGCUGAUAACUGUUUCAUUUCCUUUAAAGGGUGUUGGAGCAGUGGCCAUUCACAAUUUAAUGGAAGAUGCUGCCACUGCAGAAAUUUCCCGAGCUCAACUGUGGCAGUGGUUGAGGCACAGUGUGCGACUUGAGGAUGGCCGCCCAGUCACUUCUGAGCUAUACAAAGCAAUACACAAGGAAGAGCUUGAUAAGCUCGGAGGACCUUCAAAAGGUCGCCUUGGGCAAGCAUCCCAACUUAUGGACAAGAUGGUUCUUUCUGAAGAGUUUGUAGAGUUUCUCACCCUUCCAGCAUAUGAUUUACUGGAUAAUCCUCAUGCAAAGCUUUAG